CAUAUAUCUUGGGUGUCCAUACUGCAGACAACUAAGGGACUCCAUGGAUCAAAUGGCAAUUUCCGUGCCCAAUAACCACAAAAAAGCUAUGCGCAAUGAUGGCGUCUAGUCUCCACUGUUCAUCAAACAGGCGAGCCGAGGCAUUCUAGUGACCCCCGCAUGCCUGCAUUUUCUUGGAUCGGCCCUAGCAGGCCUGCAUCAUUUCGCUUCGCGCUCAUCCUUUUCCUGUAAAUGAAAAUAGGCGUUUCCAUUCAUUAUUCAAGCAACACAUUGCUCUCGUUUGUGCUUAAAGUUCCCAGCGAUUGUUUGUCAGAGUUAGCGCCAUAGUGGACCAGUCGCGAUGAGCCACCUCGAUCACUCGGUCACUCUUUUGAAGGAGAUCCUGGUGAGGAUUCCACUCGUUUUGAAGACGGUUCUUCUACAUGCAGUCCAUAUGUCCCCAGGCUCUGGGAAACAAGAUCUUCGCACCGAGUUGACUGUCGCCAUCAUCCGCUCGUUUAUCAACUUCAAGCUUCCCGUCAGCAAGCAGCAAAGGGGCAGUAUGCGCGACCCGGGCAUCAAGGGUCCCAUGUGGGUGUCCAAGGUCACGCUACCUCAGCCAGAGAAUGAUGUCCAGGAUGCAGUCAUCAAAGCGAUUGAGGAGUUGAAGUCCGGGGGUGAGACGUAUGAUAUUCCCGGAGUCGCACCCGUCGAGGCCGAAUGGACUGGGUAUCGCAAGGGCGUGGACAAGAACACGCCACAGCCUGAUAUCUCGGAAGAGGAGAAGUACAAGAAGUUGCGCAGUGACUCCGAUGCGGAUAUGGUCAUUUUGUACUUCCACGGAGGAGCUUAUUUCCUCAUGGAUCCCUGUACACAUCGUGUUCCGGUAUCUCAGCUCUCCAAGCAUACAGGGGCUCCUGCUCUCUCGGUACGAUACCGCCUGGCGCCCCAGCAUCCAUUCCCGGCGGCGCUGGUUGACGCCUUCGUCGCGUAUCUCUCCCUCCUCGCUCCGCCCCCAGGGUCGCUGCAUGACCCCGUGCCAGCCAACAAGAUCAUCCUGGCUGGUGAUUCCGCUGGAGGCAACCUAUCGCUAGCUCUACUUCAGACCCUAAUGACGCUUCGGCGAAUCUCCCCCACCGUACGCUUCCACGGCCAGGACGUCCGCAUCGAGCUCCCUGCAGGCGUCGCGACAAGCUCUCCCUGGUGCGACAUCACAAGGUCCAUGCCGUCCGUUUUCCACAACGCGCUCUACGACUACCUCGACCCACCCAGCCAGACGCCAGACAAUACGUACGUCCCGCUCCCCAUCCCCGAAGACGAAAGCUGGCCCUGCAGUCCUCCCCGCGGCGACUUCUUCGUCAACGCCAACGCCAUCCUGCACCCGCUCGUCUCUCCACUCGCCUCCCCCGGUGAGAUCUGGACGGACGCCCCGCCUAUCUUCAUUUCUCUCGGCGAGGAGGCGCUGACGGAUGAGGAUCUGCUUCUCGCGCGCAAGCUGUACCGCGCUGGUGUGCCUGUGGUCGUGGAACAGUUCGAGGGGAUGCCGCAUGUUUUUGGUUUUGUUAUGAUUGGUACGCCGGCGGGUCAGCGGUUCUUCAAGGGCAUGGCAGACUUCUGCCGUGAUGCGGUGGCGGGUUGCGUCAGGAGUUCGGGGAAGCUGACGUAUAUCGGGUUCAAGCUGCGAUCGAUGAAAGAGAUUCCCCUGGAGAAGGCUGUGACCUUGAGUGAUGAGGAGGUGGACCGGUUACUGCGCAGGACGGCGAACUGGCGGCUGGAAGGUGAGAAGGAACUUCAACGGCAGGUGACGGAGAGGGCAAAACUGUAGUCUAGUCUGCAAGAUGGCGGCGUCCUGUUUGUAUAUAUGUGACUUAUACCCCUGCAUGGUCUCGAUUUCCGAUUCACUUUAUGAUUAGCACGUUAAGAAUUUUGUAUAUGCUACUGAGUCUAUCCUCC